AUAUUGAGCUCCUCGGAUGGCCCGACUUGGGACCUUGGCUUCCCUUGUCGUCGAAUAACGUUUUGGCUCAGUGUUAAGCAUCCUUCAACUCAGAGCCAGCUAAAGAAUGGCUCGUCGGGUUAUCCAGAUGUCUCGGUCCGGGACAGAGACCAUGUGCCGGCAGCACAAGCAUGGACGAGAUAUAAGAAGUGCUGGAACUAUGCCGACAAACGAAGUCAAAGUACCGGUCCACAUCAUCUAUCUCCUGAGACUCGCUCCCAAUGUACAAUCUACUAGGGUUCCUCGCUGCGCUGGGCUGCGCGCAGUCCGCCCUCGCAGCCCCCCUAGCCAGCUCUCCAAAUUCCUCCUACAUCGACUGGCGCACCUUUAAAGGCAACGGCGUCAACCUCGGCGGCUGGCUCGUGCAAGAGUCCACAAUAGAUAGUUACUUCUGGGACAAAUACUCCGGUGGCGCCUCCGACGAAUGGGGCCUCUGCGAACACCUCGGCGCCCAAUGCGGCCCUGUCCUCGAGCAUCGCUACGCGACCUGGAUCACCAAGGCUGACAUCGACAAGCUCGCGUCCGCCGGCAUCACAGUGCUGCGCAUCCCCACAACCUACGCCGCAUGGAUCGACCUCCCCAGCUCGCAACUCUACUCCGGUAACCAAACGGCCUACCUCAGAGAAAUCGCCGACUACGCCAUCAACACCUACAACAUGCACAUCGUGAUCGACACACACUCCCUCCCCGGCGGCGUGAACGGCCUGACCAUCGGCGAAGCCACCGGUCACUGGUACUGGUUCUACAACGAGACCAACUUCAACUACUCGUUGCAAGUAAUCGACCAAGUGAUCAACUUCAUCCAAACCUCGGGAUCCCCACAAUCCUACACCCUCGAGCCCAUCAGCGAACCCGCCGACAACAACACCAACAUGGUCGUCUUCGGCACGCCCCUUGCCCUGACGGACCACGGCGCCGCCUGGGUGCUCAAGUACAUCCGGGCCGUCAUCCAAAAAGUGGCCUCGGUGAACCCCAACAUCCCCGUCAUGUUCCAGGGCAGCUUCAAGUACCCGCAAUACUGGGAGGGAGAUUUCCCCGCGAGUACGAACCUCGUCUUCGACACGCAUCACUAUUACUACGAGCAUAUGGAUUCCUCGUCGGAGAAUCUCCCCGAGUAUAUUCUUGCAGAUGCCCGGGAGAAGUCCGGCACGGGCAAGUUCCCUGUGUUUGUGGGCGAGUGGGCGAUCCAGGCGACGUAUAAUAAUACGUUUGCGCUGAGGAAGAGGAAUGUGUUGGCUGGCUUGGAUAUUUGGCAGAGUUAUUCCCAGGGAAGUGCGUAUUGGACGGCCAAGUUUACGGGAAAUGCGAGUGUGGAUGGACAGGGGGAGCAGAAGGAUUAUUGGUGUUAUGAGACGUUUAUUGACGAGGGGUAUUUUAGUUGAGCAGCGGCAGCAGUUAUUUAGUUGUAUGAUUGAUUGAAUGUGAUGUAUAUAGGUAUGAAGAGGUUAAUGUGCUCAUGAGUGGGUACUAUUGAUGACUUUUGA